CCUCCCCUUUGUUUUUUUGACCAAAUUGAAACCCUCCCUUAUAAGCCAACACAUUGUUCUACACUCUUCCAAGUUCAAAAAAUUGUCUCAAUCCUGCUUGCUUCGCUGCAUUCCUCUGCCAUGGCUUUGCCGAACCAGCAAAUUGUUGAUUAUCCCAGCUUCAAGCUCGUAAUCGUUGGUGAUGGUGGAACUGGCAAGACGACGUUCGUGAAGAGGCAUCUAACUGGAGAAUUUGAGAAGAAAUAUGAACCUACCAUUGGGGUAGAAGUCCAUCCCUUGGAUUUUUUCACAAACUGUGGGAAGAUUCGAUUCUACUGCUGGGAUACAGCUGGACAAGAGAAAUUUGGUGGUCUCAGAGAUGGAUAUUAUAUCCAUGGGCAAUGUGCAAUUAUCAUGUUUGAUGUUACCGCACGACUGACUUACAAAAAUGUCCCCACUUGGCAUCGUGAUCUUUGCCGGGUCUGUGAAAACAUCCCAAUUGUUCUUUGUGGCAACAAGGUUGACGUAAAGAACAGGCAGGUGAAAGCAAAGCAAGUUACUUUCCACCGGAAGAAGAAUUUGCAGUACUAUGAGAUUUCAGCAAAGAGUAACUACAAUUUUGAGAAGCCUUUCCUGUACCUUGCCAGGAAACUUGCUGGUGAUCCUAAUUUGCACUUCGUAGAAUCUCCUGCCUUGGCUCCACCGGAAGUUCAGAUUGAUCUGGCUGCACAGCAACAGCACGAGGCAGAGCUUGCUCAAGCUGCUAUUCAACCCCUUCCAGACGACGACGACGACGCAUUUGAGUAAAAUUCGCGUCCAAUACUGCGGAGCAUAUUUUCAUAGACUUGGCGUCUGUGAAACUUUCUCCAUACACGCUGCUAUUUGUGUAUGAUGCUAAGAUAUAUGUUUUUUUGGGUUUGUACCAUUGAUAUUUGAGGGUAUGAAAUUUACCUUUUGAUUUUUUUUUUAUCUUAAAAACAAAAUUUAGCAUCACAUCAGCCAUAUUCCUGGAAGUUUAUUGGCUAGAUCUCGCUAUCGAUUGAACGGAUGUACAGCCAAACCCUUGUUCUGUUAUGGGGAACACGCGGAUAUUUGUGCACGAAGGUUGAGUACAUUGCGGGAUGUGAGCCUUAUGUUAGCUGACAUUGUGUUGCCCAAAAUAGUACUUCCCCGUCUUUCAUUUUUUUUUAAUAACCACCUUCGUACUUA